GCGGGUCUCCACUUCCGGCGGCGGCGGCUCUCUGAGCUGUUGCUUGAACUUUGACACCAAACAGUGACGCGGCGAUGAUCGAGGUGGUGGCCAGGCUGCUCCGCGGCCCCGUCUUCCUGACCGGAGAGGUGCUGGAGUGUGUCAUCACCUUCAGCAACCCCGUGACAGCCAGAUCCACCUCAGCCUCCAGUGAGAUGCUGGCAUGGGCAAGCGCUCAGAUCCACUGCCAAUUUCAUACCAGUGAGAGUCGUGUCUCUCUUCCUCCCUCUGAAGACACAAAGCACGAUGUGCAGGCCGAAAAUGAGACAGUCUUUGUCCCAAACAGAGGUGAACGAGGGCAAUGCCUUCUGGCCACUCCACCCAAGAUACUCUUCUGUGACCUACGGCUUGUUCCCGGUGAAUCAAAAUCCUAUUCCUACUGUGAAACCGUGCCUCAAGAUGGUCCGCCAUCCUUCCGUGGCCAGUCAGUGAAAUACGUUUACAAACUGACUAUUGGUUGUCAGAGAGUAAACUCUCCUAUCAAACUCCUGAGGGUCCCUUUCCGGGUUUUGGUGGUUUACGGGUUAGAAGAUUAUCAGCUUACCCCAGAUGAAGCCGUGGCCCCUUCAAACCCGUUUUUGGAUGAAGAUGAGAACAUCAAAAAAGACACCAGAUUAAUUGAUAUGGCAACAGAAAUGCUGAUGACCAAUACUUCGCGACGUAGCCUUCAUCUGUAUAACAUUACUAAUAUCCGAGGGAAAGUUGGAAAGUUCUGCAUCUUCAAAACCAUCUACAAGAUUGGCGAGGAUGUUGUGGGGACAUUCGAUUUCUCUGAAGGGGACAUUCCGUGUUUACAGUUCUCAGUAGCUCUACAAACUGAAGAACACAUACAGGAGGAGUAUCAGAGAAAACAAGGACAGCCCGUUUCCCUUCAUACACACGCACGACACCAGGAGUCAUGUUUGCACACAGCUAAGACGCACUUCAGUUUACCUAUUCCACUCAGCGUAACACCUAGCUUCCUCACCAGUGUUGUGUCCUUGAGAUGGCGCUUACACUUUGAGUUUGUGACGGCUCGUGAACCAGUGGAACCACCUACAGUCCUUGAGAACCAAUCGGAGAUCAUUACCUGGACUGGGGCGGAGCGGAUCGAUGUGGACACGUUCAGCUGGGAUCUGCCCAUCAAAGUACUUCCAACCAACCCUGUACUUGCCUCUUACGUGUCACAGUUUUCCUCUUCUAAUUCUAUCAAUAUUUGAGUUUUAUUUUCUCUCUGUAAAUACAUAGAUUGUAUUUUUUUGGAACAUUUACAUUCCUUAGCCUCAAGAUGUUUGCUUCACCUUUGAUGUUAAGUAAUAGUGGAACUACAGUAGGUGGAGGAAUGUCAAUAUUAUCAUUGCCUAGGAGGAGGAACAAUCUGCUAUAGUUUUUAAUCCGCAUUGUUCUAACUGUGAAGCUAAUCAUUCAAGACCCCUUGAAUAUGCAACUUUGUAUAAUAUUAUGAUCAUUCCAGUGGACUUCCAGUAUGAAAGAGUAUUGCUUCCUAUCCGUGUGGAAAUACCUUGAACAAAAUCUAUGGUGAUAGAUUUCUCCAAAUGACACAACAUUAUGGAAAGGUUCUUAACAGAGGUUCUUAAAACAAACUUAAUUUCCACUUUUUCUACAGCUUUUAACGUAUUCUAAUAUUUUCCCUGUCAAUUUCAGAUUCAAACCUGGUUGCCUUAAGAACGUAAAUGUUAAUAUGCAACACUAAAUAGUUAGUACUCUGGAAUAAUGGGUAUAAAAUACUUAAAGAAAUUCACAUGGGAGGGAGCAGAUUCUAAAAUAGGAAAACCUAUUGAAACCCUAGCUCAGGGAAUGUUGUAGCUCCACACACCUGUGUGAUCAUUCCAACUCGCUAGACCUGCUCAUAAAUGAGCUGUUUGAGAUUUUAAGCUAAGAGUUAGUCAUAGUUAUCAACAGCAUUAUAAACCCUGUGAAUCAACUGAAUGACAGAUAAGAGCCGAGGCAAAAUAAUUCUUUCCGCUAAACAUUGAAUCAGAUUAUCUCGUUUUCAUUCUUUCCAUUAUUAGUAAAUGCACAAGCAUCCAGGUACUGUUUCUUCAAUAGGAAUGAAAGAAAUGGACUGCGUUUUGUAAAAGCAGUUUACAUGAGUGAGCUAGUUUUGUACAUUUUAAAUUACCAUAGUCUUGAUUGUUUUCUUGCCUGUUUUGUUAUGCAAUUCAGGUCCCAGUAUUUGCUGAAGAUUAAGAAUUGCGAUUUGCUUUUAUUUCUCUAAAUCAGGCAGCUUCUUCAAACCCGGAGUUGUAUUGUGGAUAUUUAUUGAUGGCAUUAAGUGGUCUCUAAAGUUAUAAGCCAGUAUAUCCUGUAUGUUUUCCAAUUUGGAAACAUUGUGUGUAUCCAAAUUUCUCAUGUAAAUAAUUUCUCAUGUAAAUAAUAAAUAAUAGGUCAGGGCGAAACCUUGGGCAAGUUUCCUUACUCCACACGCCUAAUAAUAAUAAUCCCUCCAAAACCAAAAACAAUAAUAAAUUGGUCAUUUUCAAUCUACGACUGUUUGUGGGACAUUGCUGUGCGCAAUUGGCUGCCGCGUUCGCCCACAAAUAUACAGUCAAUUCACUUUACAGUGUGUUCUGUGAAGCGCUUUGGGACGUCCUCCCGACGUGAAAAGCGCUAUAUCAAAUGCAAGGAUUAUUAUUAUUAUUAUCUAUGCCAUGUACUAGUCUCCAAUCUCUAACCUUUGUCUGUGCUGUUCUUAAAUUGACAAUUGAUUUAGUCUUUUGAUUCUUUUCCGUGUGGAAAGCACUCUAUGUCACAUUCAAAGUCAAGAAUAUACAGUGUGGAAAAUUGUAGGCACGCCCCUGCGUCUUACUACACCUUGGCACAGCAUGUUCGUUCAGCGUGUUCGUACCUCUCGGUGAGGUGCUGUAUCUUUCUGCCAUCAUUUGUUAGCUUUGUGUUGUUACAGAAUUGCAAAGAGUUUGCAGUGUUAGAAACAAUAGGAAAUAUAUUUGUUUAAAACCAGUUUAGUUACUACAAAGAAAUGUAUGUGUGUGUGUGUAUUUAAAGCCAUGAAAGUGCAUUAAAGUAUACGAGUGGAAAGUGUAACAUUAAUAAAAAUGAUAAUAUUUGUUUUUACACCUGUA